AUGGGCACAACCUUCAAGGCAAAGCGGCUUGGAAAGGAGCUUGCCAAGAUACAAGCUUCGCUUCCUGCCGGUAUCACCCUCAUAUCUGCCGACAACUUCGAGGAAUGGUCCCUGGACAUUAAGGUGCUAGACAACAACCCCCUCUACCUUGAUAGGACCUUUAGGCUGCUCUUCAAGUUUGGAGACCAGUACCCGAUCGAGCCCCCUGAGGUCACCUUCGCGAAGCUGGCGGACCGGCCGAUACCUAUACACCCUCACAUCUACUCGAAUGGCAUCAUCUGCCUCGACCUCUUGGGACAGCAGGGAUGGAGCCCAGUACAGAAUGUUGAGAGCGUAUGCAUGAGCCUGCAGAGCAUGUUGACCGGCAAUACGAAGAACGAGCGGCCCCCCGGCGACGAGGAAUUCGUCAGGAGCAACCAGCUGCGGCCAAGAGACAUCGACUUCUAUUACCAUGACAAUAAGGUGUAA